UGCCGCAAAGCGGCCGCCACGCUGACCAAAGCCACCCAGGAGCAGGAGAGCUGCCAGCGGGACCUGCUCACCACCAAGACCGUCUGCGAGUCCACCAAAACCAACCUGGAGCUGCUGAAGCACGAGUGCGGCUCCUUGAGGUCCGACAUCAGCUACUCCUUCCAGCGCAUCAAGGACAUGCUCACCCCCUACGGCUGCAACGGCGUCCACGAGCAGCUCAGCUGGUUGACGCAGCGGACGGAGGGGCUGUUCCUCUGGCAGCAGGAACGGGAGACCAAAUACGUGGGGAAAAGCGUCUGCGACAUGAACCUGGCCCAGUGUCGCAUCAACUGCUCCAGGGAGAAGCAGGAGUUGGAGAAGCGGCUGCAGGACGUCGAGAAACAGGUCAAGGGCGGCCAGGAGGAGAGGAAGAAGCUGGUGGCGGAGAAGGAGCAGCUCAGCAAGGAGCUGGAGGAGAAGAGCAAAGCCGCCGCGCAGGCUGGGUACAUCAAGGAGCAGCUCAACAUCUGCAUGGGCUCCAAGAUGGACGCCUUCUUCGACAUCACGGGCUCACGGGUGCCGGUGAGCGCCGGGCGGCCGGGUCCCUUUGCCAACACGGGCUCCUACGUGGAUGCUCUGAGGAACCAGGGCAUCUUCGGGAAUAUGG